AUGGGCCUGUCAAAUCACAACUGUCAACCUUUCGUCAGAAAAGAAAAAGAGGAACGAAACGCUCAUUUCACAUUUCACGUUUUCCGUCGAGCAAAUCCCGACGAGCUGCCUGCGGAGGCUCCGCCGUGGCUACAUCCUCGCUGCGACCAACCCCCGCAUCAGUUGAUAGAAUCGGAAUCUCACCUCGAAUCCUCCCCAAUGUUGUGCUCAGCCCCCGGCGGGAAGCCGAGUUCAAAUUGGCUGGACCGACUCCGAUCCACCAAAGGCUUCCCCACCUCCGGCGACGUCGGACUAGACGACUUCCUUCUCACCAAACCCACCGCCGACGAAGACGCUUCCGAUUCCCCUACAUCCGAUGAUGCUGCCGCCUCCAAUUCCCUCGUUAACUCCAACUCCGUCGCGGAGCAAGCCCCCGAGAUUUCCGGCCGAAAUGGUGAAGGGGACUGGUUCGGCGUGAUGACCAAUGUUCUCUCCGAUCUCUUCUACAUGGGCGGACCCACCGGAAUCUCCGGGAAGAAGAGCGCCAGGAAGCAGACGAACCCUAAGUUCUGCGCCCUUCCUGCCUCGCCUGCGCUGCGGAAAGACGAGAAAGCGGCGGGCGCAAGGGCGGCUUCGCUCAAUUCCAACCGCAAUUCGAACAUUGUACGGUCUCAGCGCGGCGGGGAUUGCGCGGAUGAGGUCGAUGAGGAGCAGGAUAAGGGCGAGUGCCGCCGUGGCGACGGUGAAGGGUGUGGAGGGGAUAGAGAGCUGAAAGGGUACUCGCGGAGUGAAGUGACGGUGAUUGAUACAAGCUACGAGGUGUGGAAGUUUGACAAGCUGGUGUUCAGGAAGAGGAACAUUUGGAAAGUGAGGGACAAGAAGGGCAAGUCGUGGCUGUCUGCUGCUGCGAAGAAGAAGAGGAAGAAGGGGAGUGGUGGGCUGGAUUCUGAGUUUGAUCAUGGAAGUGUAUCCGGUGGAGCCAAGAAGAAAGCUAAGGUCUUGAAUUUCCACUCCACUGUGGUUGCCAUUGGUGGAAAUUGUGUGUGGCCUUCUGAUGAUGGUCAGAAGUCACAGGAUGAGGAAAUGGAAGAUGUUCCCACACAAGUAGGAGUUAAGCUUGGCCAACUUCCUAGAAUCAACAGGCAUGACAUCUUAUCCGAAUCUUCGAUGUUGUGCAUAUUCUCCCACUCCGCAACUAAACUUCAAUUCCCAGCUCCACCACGGCCUCAUCUUCAUCAGCAGUUCCACGAAGCUUCAGUACCUCAGCAGCUGAGACCGCCAGUUUUAGCACCUGCAGCUUUCUUCCCUCUCGUCAAAUUUGCUCCUUUUCGUUGCUGUUGUCUCGCCUCUUCUGUGGAAGGGCAGAAAGAUGUUGGUUUACUUCUCUUCCAGCUGUUUGGAGAGAUGGGAUUGACGGAUAGAGAGACCGAGGUGGUACUGGAGCGUAACCCAGUUCUCAAGUUCACAGCUUUAGAUUCCGCGCGAGCGCGGUUGUCACUUCUGCAGGCUGUUGGAAUCAAAGGACUGGAACUGUAUCGGCUGAUUACCAAAAGACCCACUGUGCUCGUAGCAGAAGAAGUCGAUGAAUUUCUACGCUUUUUCCUCUCCGGAUUGCCGGAGCUCGUCGACCCAGCACAGCUCAGGCGGCUGCUAGUCGCCGUCGAACCCAGAUCCUUACUCAAUUUCCCGGAAAAGGUCGAGCUGCUUCUCGAAAGUGGAGUUCCUCAAGGCAAAAUCGUCCACGUUCUCAACAAUGUCAAUUUAGCCAAGGCCCUUGCUUUCAAACCAGUUGCCGAGAUCCGUAGAACGGUAGAGUUCUUGACUCGGUACGGCGGAGGAAGCGUCCAGAUGAUCAUCAAACGGCCGCAGCUUCUGAACUUCGACCUGGAAACUCAGCUGAUCCCACGAGUGGAGUUUCUGAAGCAGCUGAGUGGUGGAGAUGAAGAAGCCACAGGGAUGGUGCUCCGGAAACUACCAGCAUUCCUCAGCUAUAGUGUCGAACAUGUGGAAGGUCACGUCGAAUUCUUCAGGUCAUUUGCAGGCCUAACCGACCUCCAGAUCUUCAGGAUCUACCUCGUGUUCCCCAACGUGAUCAGCGCGAGCAAGGAGCGAAAGCUGCAGCCGAGGAUCGAGUUCCUGCAGCAAUGUGGGUUGAACUCUGAAGAAAUGUCCAAGUUCCUGACCAAAGCUCCACUGCUGCUCGGCUUGUCUUACGACGAGAACCUCGUUCACAAGCUCGUGUUCUUGGUGAAGAUCGGGUAUGGCUAUCCCACCAAGGAGCUGGCUGCUGCGAUGGGGGCUGUGACGAGAACGAGCUGCGAGAACCUGCAGAAGGUGAUAGGGGUGUUGUUGAGUUACGGUCUGGCUUGUGAAGAUAUUCUCACCAUGAGCACGAAGCACCCGCAGGUUCUGCAGUACAAUUACGAGUCGUUGGAGAAGAAGAUGCAGUACUUGACCGAAGGAAUGGGGCGCGAUGUCGGAGAGCUGCUCGCUUUCCCCGCAUUCCUUGGGUACAACCUCGAUACCCGGAUUAAGCCGAGGUAUGAGUUCAAGAGGGAUACUCUCGGCGAAGGGCUGUCGAUCAACAAGCUGCUGACCAUGUCUGCUGGCAGAUUUUCUGAUGGUAAAGGAGUCAAAUCGUAACAUUCUUGUUGUGUAUCAGAACCAUUGUCUAUCAAUGUUCAUUCUAUAUGUAAUCUCAUUUUAGCUCGCUAGGAAAGAAAUGCAGAUG